GAAAGCAAAAUGUUUUGUUUUGUGAUAAUGCUUCGAAUGCAGUCUUGUAGUUGCAGAACAAAUGACAACUUUUUCUCUCAUUCGAUGUUUGUAAACUCAAACGUUUCCUAAAUCCCGGUAGAUGUGAUUUGUGUUGCAGUACCACAGUCAGCCAUCCGGUAGCCCCGAACCGUUACUAUCAUUCUGCACGGUGAGGGGAAUCUGGAUCUACACGAGUAGACGAAAGCAGUGUUUUUUUUGUGAUAAGAUUCAAGACUCUCAGGGACCCCUACACCAUGACAACACUGCCCUUCCCCUGCCCUGUGAGGCUGGGAGUCAUGAAGAGUGACGGCCUGGAGGAGCAGUUGCACAGAUACACAAUGGAAAAGAACCUGACCAAGAUGGAGAAGUUAUUGAGAAAGGGGGUGGAUGUGGACUGUAUCAAUCACCUGGGUCAGACACCCCUGUUUUGUGCUGCCCUCCUGGGCCACGGAGCAGUCUCUGAGCUGCUGCUUCAGUAUCGAGCUAACCCCAAUCAUCGCUGUAAGGAUUUGAGCACCCCCGUCCACGCUGCUGUGUUCUCCGGUAACGCCCGGCUGCUCAGUGGCCUUUUGGAUUCAGGCGGGGACAUCAGACUCCAUGACCAGGAGGGCAGAGUCCCUGGUGAUUGGCUUAUGGCUAAUAUUCCGGAGCAUGGGGUCUGUGAGAUAACUGAGUUUCUGCAGAGCUGUGCAUCCCAUGUGCACCAGUGUUUCCAGAGGCCAGGGAUUAGGGAGCUGAGUCAAAGCCAACCCUUUAUUUCUACUUCCUCUAAGAUUUUGUUGCGAACACCCUCUAUGUUAGGUCUUAUAAAGUCACGUGGAUUGGUUCAACAGCUCCACAAGAAGAGCAACGACAACUACAACAAAGGCUUAUGUACAACAGCUCAGUGCUUUGGCUUUGGAAAGGUGUGUAUGGACAGACCCUGCAAGGCACUGGGUGUGUUGGCAUCUAUUCCAUUGAUCCAGGAGACCGAUCUCACCCAGGCUGAUGAUGAAACUCUUCGCUCCUUCAGCUGUGGUUCUUUGACAUCCAUGACUAAUUACAGCUGGAAAGGCUCCAGGGUCACGGUGAAACAGAUCAAAGCAUUGAAGGCAGCAUACAAAGACCUGCUCCUCACUGAGCAGGAAUACUGCAGCCAGCUCUUUCACCCCCACCUACUGCAGCUAAUGGCAGUGAGUCUAUCAGCUGACCUUCUGAAGACCAGGCUAGUGUUUGAGAGGGUCCAUGUCGAUACCCUCCACAACCUGCUACACCACAAACGAGCAGAGUUCCCAGUACUGCAUAUGGCAUGGUUGCUGCCAGUGUUGCUGCAGGUCUGUGAAGGAGUUCUUUACCUCCACAGCCGUGGGCUUGUGAUCAGAGCCCUCUCCUCCCACAGCGUCGUUCUCACACGUCCGGGAUUGGCAAAACUGACUGGGUUUGGCUUUAUGGUUCAUAGGAAGAGUCCAUGCGUAAAACCUUCAGUUCAGUUGGACGUCCCCCCCAGCUUUUACAACUGGGCUGCCCCAGAGGUUAUCAGGAGGAGAAGCUGCACAGAGAAGGCUGACCUGUACAGCCUGUGCACCAUCAUUCAGGAGAUGUAUACAGACGCGGUGCCCUGGGGGGCGGUGGACCAGAACUGGAUCAAACAGGUUGUGGAGGGGGGUGAAGCUCUGCAGGCGGACAGCCGCGUCCCAGAGCCGUUCUACGCCCUCAUCUGUGUGGGACUGCAACCCCACGCCACGGAGCGAACCCAAAGUGUGCAGGACCUCUGCGUUACACUGCGGUCUGACAUUAAGAGUCUAUCGCCCGACUGGAAGUUAAGCUCAUCCGGAGACUGGGGAUACACAACAGCUGCCCCUCACACACAGUCCUGGCAAACGGUGAAUGAAAAGACUCACCAAAAACUGUCCAGUAAACAGGCCAGGCAGCAACCGAUUCAGCAUGAAGGGAUCCAGUCAGGGGAGGAGAGGGAAGUAAAGAUGGUCGAGCAGGUGACAGAAGAGGUUAAAGACGAUGAACGUCCUCCGAUCUCCGUUCUCCAUCCUGUCCCCUCGGUCAACGGCGCACUACCUUUGGAUGAGUGGUGCGUGUAUCCCAAUGCCCCUCCUACACUCAGCGAGGGCUCCAUGCACUCAGACAGUGUGGAGGACUGUCUGGAGCCAGCCAAGAAGACAGACCUCCUGACGGGUGGCCUAAGGUUGUCAGAAGUAAGACAGGAGCAGAUCGGUUCCAUUGUGCUGAAUCUCAAAGUAUCCCAGGUACUGCUGCAGCAGGGCGACGCCAGCCUAGAUGUUGUGGAGAGCUGCCUCCGGACCAGGGGAGGGAACGACGAGGUGGACUGUAGAGACACUUCCCCCACAAACCCAUCCAAGUAUAGGACUGCUGUCGGCCCGCCUUCACCUCGCUACCGUCGGCCACCUCGUCCUCUAGCCAAGACACUGGAAAGACAAGGACAUUAUGGAGAGCGACCGCAGAGUCAGGAGCGGGAGAGAGAAGAGCUGCCCUUUUUGAAGAAUGAUUGUCAGGAAUAUAGAAAGAAAUCUUAUGUGCAGACUAAUAGAAGUGGCUUGAUUAAGAAGGGAUCACUCGAUAUUCCUCCAAGACAGAAGCAUGAGGAAGUUGGAGGUAUAAAUUCCAGGGCUUGGUCCCACCUUCAGGAUCUCCCUGGAACACGGAAAAUAAAUGAGCUCAUAGAGAGGUCAUGCGCCUCACCAGACUGUCUGGAAGGGAUCCAGUCGUCUCUACAGCAGAUGGGCGUCCAGGCCCAAACCACAAAGACCGAUAGCAGCAGUGAGAGUGAGUCUGACAGAGAUUUCCACACAGUCAAUCAGACCUUCGCGUUGACUUCUAAAGGCUGCGACGACCAAGAGCCUUCACAGGAGGAAUCCAACUCUGAUACAGACGAUCGCCACACUACCCUGAGAUCAUCUCCUACUGUGCACAACCCCGACCCAAAAGCUACCCCGAGUCAAGAUCCUGGCUCAGAAGAGGGUGGAGAUGUAAUCCCAGUGGUGUUCGGACCAGAGGGUUGCAGACCAGAAGGACAUUUAGCCAACAUCACACACUGUGAGGAAGAAUGUGAUCUGAGUGAAAAGGAAAUGCCCUUCGAUGGGGACUCUGCUAGACCAGCGCUGUCGAGACUCAAGAACACCACAUCAGACCCAUCAGGCCUGGCUCAAGUCGACUCAGACAUGCUGCAACACUUUACAGAGCUGGCUGAACUCUCCAGCAUCACAGGCUCUCCUGGCCAGCACCAAGACGGGCUCUUUCGGACCUCCCUCAACAGGCCUCCUCCACCGUGCAACAGCACACCACGGAGCCUGGCGCAUUUGAAAUCCAACCCUACGGGCACUGAGGUGAACAACAGCCCCAUCCUGGAGGCUCCAGCAGUCCAGUGGACUUCGAUGUCUUUGAACUCUGAGAGCUUUACCACAGCAGCUGCAGAUGUUUCAGGGGACGGCCUCCAGGACAACCUGGUGGCCACAAACACUAUUCAGUCUCCAUUCUUGAAAGUCGACCCUGGCCCCCAGCCUCCUAGUCACCUCCUCCAGAGCCCUGACUUGAGCCUUGCUGGCUCCACGGGCCGGGCACAGUGUCCUGGGCCCGGGAAGGAGCAGAGAGGAGCCGGGAGGGAGGCAGUGGAGGGAAGGCAAGAGGAGCAACAUGCCGAGGGAGCAGGACCGUGUGCAGGGUUGGAUGAGGGGGAUAGAAGUGGACAGCAGGGGGAUGGGAAGGGCCACUGUGUGGAGGCGGCGGAGCAUGCAGGACCGGACCAGCGAGGCGCCACUGAGCAGUCUCUGCCUGGAGGCUGUGGCGCCGCUAGUGUUAUGAACAGAGAGUUGAAGGGACUGCUGGACGACGAUGAGGAGGGAGCCCUACACAAGGCCUGUGCUGACCAGUGUGGCGACCUUCAACCAGUUGGAGGCAAACCCUCAGAAGACCCCAGCUCACUGGAAUGGAGUGACAGGGCUCACUCUACUUUGGACGAGGCCCUUGCAGAUAGCAGAACUCCCAGACUCGUAGGGCCGGCCGUGGCCACGGAGACGGGAAGCCCCAGGUGAGGACCAUGCUGAUGGGGAUGAAUACAAGAUCAACCACCACAACAGGAAGCACCUCACCGGCAUCUCAAACGACUGAAGACGCGUUUUCUUUUUGAAGUCAGACGUUGAGAAUGUGUUGAGAAUUAUUGUUGAAAAAGCUUAACUUACAAUUUUGUAUAUUUCGUAAAGUAGAAAUAUUUACAUUGUUUUUCUCAUUAUCUGAAAUAAGUUAUUUUACAAUUCUUAAAAUAUGAAUGUUAUUGACAAUGUACUGGUGUUGAUUUGGCAAUGUUCUGCCGAAAUAAUGUGUUCUCUGUAAACGUCAAGUUAAGCCAUUAGUAGUAUGUUUUAGAAAACAAACAAGUCUUUUUGAUACAUUUAUUCUGAAACCGUAUGCAUUUCCUAGCAAGUUAUCAGUCAAUUGUUCCACACAUUCAGCUCCAAAUGGUCAUUGGCUCAUCGUAAGCUUCACAGUAUUAUAGGAAUAGUGUAAUACAUCGUAGAUCUUGUAUUGAUUGUUCAGAAAUUAGCAUGUUGUAAAAAACAUAAUUCAACCACAUUUUUAAAAGGUGAAAAUUUUGUGGUUCACUGAAAGGCAUUCUAUAUUCAAGUCCACCCAAACGGUGGGUCUUGUGUGUUUAAAUCCACACAAAAAACUUGUGGAACGUAAUGGCUUUGCUGUGGUGCACAAAAAUUCCCCAUGUUUGUUUAUUUUCUAUCGCUACUAAAAGGUGUUGCAGGAUCUUUUUUUUCCACUGAUGCAUCUUCUGAAGGGUUAGGUGGCCAUUGUAAAACAAAAAAAUAGUAAAUCAUACAGCUAAGUAUACAACAUUCAUUCAGUAAUGCCUUCACAGCCAAGGCACCAUUUGAGUUAUUUGAAACAGCUCAAACUUAUUUUGUGAGCAGCACUUGUAACAUAACACCAGACUGAUUUAAUGCCGUGCGAUUAAAAUGUACUUAACCUUCUCA